AUGAUUAUAGAAUGGCAAGCACAACAAAGGGAAAGGACUAAGGAAUUUUAUAGACAAUGUCAACAAGAGGAAGAAGAGAAAAAGAUAGACGAAUAUCGUGAAAUUGGAUUGCGCUUGAAAGAUUAUCCAGAAGAAGAGCUUCUAAUGGCCAAGAAAUUGGUUGCCAGCUUCAUUAGAUCGGCUGAAGAAGUGGAAGAGAAAAUUAUGGAAGCUGCAGAAAAAGGUGAACUCGACGAACUUGUUCUAUUGAUCAUAUGGAGUCUGCUUGAUCUUGCUCGGCGCGAUGAUGAGAAGGAUGCAGUUCGAAGUCUUGAUCUCUUGUACAGGCGAGUUGAGACAGAAAUUUUGAAGCGCGAAGCAACUCCUGCCAUGAGACUACUGAAUGAUCUUCUGAAUAUGCAUGAUGGUGGACUAGACAAUGAAGGAUGGGUUAAGGCAUGUAAAAAACGUAUGGUUGAUACAUUUCCUCGAGAGGACCCAUUUAGUAUUCUUGUACCUGCAGGUUUCGACAUGGACACGCAUCAAGGUCCUCUAAGACCAGCUUUGGAAGCUGACGAUCUGCUUUUGAGGGUAGAUUUUGUUAGAGAGGUGGACGAACUGUUAAAGGGGGUGCGAUCUGAACAUAAUGAAUCAUUAGACACACAAGGACUUGAUCCAGAAUCAGUCGCGAGUAGAUUGAAACAACAGGAGAAGCAACGUGCAAUACACCAAGUAGAAAGUCUUUUGGAUCUGGCCAUCAACUUGGAGUGGUAGUUAGGUUGCUGCCUCUUCCCAAUUAAGAAAGUAUUGGUCAAGAGGAAAUCUCAUUAGAGAAAAGAAGUUCACAGAAGGUUCAUCGAUAGAGUAUGCCCAGUUCUUGAGGUUCCAACUAUCAUUUUAGCUACAACUACUCCAUGCCAUGGAAGUUGUAACAUCUCAUUUUAGAUGAUUUUGCGAUGUCUCCUUCCUUCCGCCCUAUGAAAAAACUGUGCUGCUGCUCCCUCCCAGCCGAGAAGAGUGUCUAUUUAUUAGCUGAAGCUUUGUUUAUAAACCGAAUGUUGAUUUCAUGUUGUAGCAAGUUGUCCUUGGUUCAGUCAGUGGGUGGGCAUAUAACUGUUAUGAAUCAGAAAGGCUUUUAAGAUGACCUGGUCGCGACAUUUUGUUUGUUCUGUUUGUUUAUUACGGAGUGAAGGCUCAAAUACA